AAAAACAAUCUAACCUCAGAAAACUGUUGGUAUACAAAUCCCAUCGCAAUGUUUACCCCAAAAUCCCUCUAAGCUCGCAAAAACCACCCAAAAAUGAAGCGAGAACGCACCGGGGACAACUGCCGCCCCUUUAAAUUAGCCCAUCAAAUUGUGAGCCUUACUGGGAUUAGUUUUGAGCGGAAGAGCAUAAUUGGCUUCGUUGAAUUGACGGUGGUGCCCCUGCGAGACAACCUGAGACACGUCAGAUUGAACGCCAAGCAGUGCCGCAUUUACCGCAUUAUUUUAAACGACGCCUAUGAGGCCCAUUUUCAGUAUUUUGACCCGUUUUUGGACGUCUGCCAGUCGGACACAGACACACGCAGCCUCGAGACCUUCUCCACGCACCACCUGAAUGCCGCCCUCAAGGUGGACCCGGACAACAACUCCGGCGAGCUGGUGGUCACCAUCCCGCCGGAGGCGUCGCAUCUCGUGGCCGAGGGCACCGCCCUCCGCGUCGGCAUCGAAUUCUCGCUCGAGCAGCCCCAAGGGGGCAUCCACUUCGUGGUGCCGCCCAAGGAGGGGACGUACGCCGAACGCGGCGUCCACUUGUUCACCUACGGACACCAGAACGCCUCGCGACUGUGGUUCCCGUGCGUGGACAGCUUCGCCGAGACCUGCACCUGGAAGCUGGAGUUCACCGUUGACGAUGAGAUGACGGCGAUCUCAAACGGCGAUUUGAUCGAAGUGGUGUACACUCCGGACAUGCGCCGGAAGACUUAUCACUACUCGCUAAAUGUCCCCACCUGCGCCCCCAAUAUUUCGCUGGCCGUGGGCCCCUUUGAGAUCUACGUGGACCCCUACAUGCACGAGGUGACCCACUUUUGUCUCCCCAAUCUCCUUCCGUUGUUGAAAGUGACCACGCGAUAUAUGCACGAAACUUUCGAGUUUUACGAAGAAACUUUAUCAAAUCGUUAUCCGUACUCGUGUUAUAAGCAAGUUUUUGUCGACGAGACACAUGAGGAUUACCGGUCUUACGCAACAAUGAGCAUUUUGAGUGUCAAUUUGUUACACUCGGCGGUCAUUAUUGACCAGGUUUACAUCACUAGGACCAUCAUGGCCCAGGCGAUAGCCGAGCAGUUCUUCGGUUGCUUCAUUUCGAUGCAAAAUUGGUCGGACAUGUGGCUCAACAAGGGCAUAAGCCAGUACUUGUGCGGUCUCUAUUGCAAGAAAAGCUUCGGUAACAACGAGUACCGAUACUGGGUGCAGUCGAUGCUCCAGGACGUUGUGAAAUACGAGGAACAGUUCGGGGGGAUUGUCUUGGACCCCAGCCAGCCCCCGGCCCCCUUGCCGGUGGGUGGGGGCUCCAACGCCUCUCAAACUAACACCAAACAAGAGGAGAAGUUUUAUUUCUCGAUCAGGAACCUUCACACAAUGUCCCCCAUGUACAUCAAAGCUUUGGAAAAGAAGGCGUUUCUUGUGAUGCGUAUGCUGGAGCACCGUAUUGGCCAGGAGUUGUUGUUGCAAGUCUUCAAUAAACAACUCUCAUUGGCUACGAAUGCGGCGCAACAGAAAAUCGGGAGUGGAUUAUGGGGGCACAUGCUCAUCAGCACUAAUGUCUUCACGAAGGCGAUUUUUACGGUGACGGGGAAAGAUAUGGCUGUUUUUAUUGAUCAGUGGGUGCGGACGGGGGGCCAUGCCAAGUUUCACUUGACUUCGGUUUUUAACCGGAAGAGAAAUACAAUCGAAUUGGAGAUAAGACAGGAUGCCACGACGCAGUUGGGGAUUAGAAAAUAUGUGGGGCCCCUUUUGGUGACGUUGCAAGAGUUGGACGGGACUUUUAAGCAUAUGUUGCAAAUUGAGAAUACGGUGGUGAAGGCCGACAUCACGUGCCAUUCCAAGAGUCGGAGAAAUAAAAAGAAGAAAAUUCCGCUGUGUACAGGGGACGAGGUCGAUAUGGAUUUGAGUGCCAUGGAUGAUUCCCCCGUCCUCUGGAUCCGCCUGGACCCCGAAAUGACGCUCCUCCGCUCGGUCGUAAUCGAGCAACCCGACUACCAAUGGCAGUACCAGCUCCGCCACGAACGUGACGUCACCGCCCAGAUGGAAGCCAUCUACGCCCUGGAGCGUUACCCCACGCCCGCCACCCGUCUGGCCCUCACCGACACCAUCGAGAACGAACAGUGCUAUUACAAAGUGCGCUGUCGUGCCGCCCACUGUCUCACCAAGGUGGCAAAUGCCAUGGUGGCCAAUUGGGCCGGCCCGCCCGCCAUGCUGGCGAUUUUUCGCAAAUUGUUUGGCUCGUUUGCCGCUCCGCAUAUUAUAAGACAGAACAGUUUCACCAAUUUCCAACACUACUACUUGCAAAAGACCAUCCCGUUGGCCAUGGCGGGGUUACGGAACGCGCACGGGAUUUGUCCGCCGGAUGUGAUUCGAUUCUUGCUCGAUUUGUUCAAAUAUAACGAUAAUUCGAAAAAUCGCUACUCGGAUAAUUACUAUCGAGCGGCUUUGGUCGAAGCUUUGGGGAAUACUGUGACUCCGGUGGUGUCGGUGAUACACCAGGGGGCGCCAAUUACGGCCGAGAGUCUCAGUACUGACACUAAACUGAUCCUCGAAGAGGUCACCAGGAUGUUGAACCUUGAGAAAGCCCUACCGUGUUACAAAUAUACGGUUUCGGUGGCGUGUCUUAAGGCCAUUCGGAAGUUGCAAAAGUUUGGCCAUUUGCCAAGCCGUCCCACCAUUUUCAAGAGUUACGCCAGUUAUGGACAUUUCAUUGACGUUCGAGUUGCGGCCCUCGAAUGUUUGGUUGAUUUUGUGCGAGCUGACGGUCGCUGGAAUGACCUUCAAGACAUACUUGAUAUUUUAGAAAGUGAUCCUGACCCCGGCCUACGCCACAAACUAGCCGACUUGAUUAUAACCAAUCCUCCGUUCAGAAGGGCCCAUCGCGAACGGUUGGACAUCCCUGAUUUAGUCGAGCGGAUUUGGACAAACAUCAACGGCAUGUUGUCACAUGAUACAAGACUGAGGUGCGAUUUGGUCGAUUUUUACUACACCUUGUACGGAAGUAAACGCCCAGUUUGUCUCCCGAUACCGGAAUUGGCCGGCAUGAUGAACAUGCAUAAACACGACGCGCGGAAAACCACGCCUUAUGUCCCUAAGCCGCUCCCCGUCCCCGAAAUGAAGCACUCCCCCACCCCGAAAGACAGUACUACGCCAAUGAUAAUCGAGGAUAACUUGGGCUGUAUGAAUGUGGAGGUGGUGGCCAGCGAGGAUCGGAUCAAGGAGGAGCCGAUGGAUAUGCACGUGGAGCCACGGCCGACUCCGAAACAGGAGUAUUUUUCGGAUAAUUCCGUUUCGUUGCCUGGAAUGGGUCAGAGUGGGCCGGUUGGGUUUGAGCCCGGGAUGUUCAAGAAGGAGGAUUCAAAGCACAAGGGGGAUACGGGGAAGAUUAAGAAGAAGAAGAAGGAUAAGAAGAAGCACAAACAUAAACAUAAGCAUAAACACGAGCAUAAGCACGGAAAGGAUAAGAAGGAGAAGGAUCCGAUGAAGAAGAUGAAAGAGGAGACGUUGAGUUCGGUCAGCUCGACGCCGAGUCCCAACCCCAUGUCCAUGGGGGGAGAGACGAUUUGAUUUUAUUGUGGCAAUUUUUGCAAAAAUAAAGUUAUUUAAGGUG